AUGUGCGCCACGCGCGCCGUGUCGUCGCUGCCGUCCUUCGCCACCGUCGACCCGGACUUCAGCGGCGCCAACCCCACGGACGGCUUCAACUUGGUGAACGGCAAGUGGACCAAGACGGCCAAGACCGAGACCAUCCUGGACCCGCUGAACGGCGAGGCCUUCAUGACCAUGCCGCUGACGCAGAAGGACGAGCUCGCGCCCUUCGUGGAGAGCAUGACCAGCUGCCCCAAGCACGGCCUACACAACCCGCUGAAGAACGUCGAGCGCUACGUCAUGUACGGCGAGAUCUGCGCCAAGGCCGGCGCCCUCUUCCGCGAGGACAAGGUGGCCGACUACUUCGCCAGGCUCGUGCAACGCACGUCGCCCAAGAGCUACUUCCAGGCUCGCAACGAGGUCAAGGUCACGGGCAAGUUCCUCGAGAACUUCUCCGGCGACCAGGUGCGCUUCCUGGCGCGCUCGUUCGGCGUGCCCGGCGACCACCAGGGCCAGGCGAGCCACGGCUACCGCUGGCCGUACGGCCCCGUGGCGCUGAUCACGCCCUUCAACUUCCCCAUCGAGAUCCCGGUGCUGCAGAUGAUGGGCGCUCUGUUCAUGGGCAACAAGGUGCUGCUGAAGGUGGACUCCAAGGUGUCCAUCGUCAUGCAGGAGACCCUGCGCCUGCUGCACGAGUGCGGCAUGCCCUUGACCGACGUGGACUUCAUCAACUCGGAUGGCGCUGUGAUGAACGACCUGCUGCUGCAGAUCAAGCCGCGCAACACGCUGUUCACGGGAUCGCAGGCUGUUGCUGAGAAGCUCGCGAAGGACCUGAGUGGCCGCAUCAAGCUUGAGGACGCUGGCUUUGACUGGAAGGUCCUUGGCCCUGACGUUCGUGACUUCGACUACGUCGCCUGGACCGCUGACCAGGAUGCGUACGCUUGCUCGGGCCAGAAGUGCUCGGCGCAGUCUGUACUCUUCAUGCACAAGAACUGGGUGGAUGCUGGCAUUGAGAAGAAGCUGGCUGAGCUUGCUUCCCGCCGAAAGCUGUCGGACUUGACCAUUGGCCCCGUACUGACGGUCACCACGAAGCGUAUGCUUGACCACGCCGCGGCUCUGUUGAAGAUUCCUGGCGCUCGCGUUGCGUUUGGUGCUGAGGAGCUGGAGAACCACACUAUCCCCGAGAAGUAUGGUGCGAUUAAGCCCACCGCUAUCUACGUUCCCCUGAAGGAGUUCGUGAAGCCGGAGAACUUCGAGCUCGUCACCACGGAGAUUUUCGGCCCGUUCCAGGUGCUGACCGACUACGACGACAGCGAGCUGCCGCUUGUCCUCGACGCUCUUGAGCGUAUGGAGGCUCACCUGACCGCCGCUGUGGUCUCGAACGACCAGCACUUCGCUAACGAGGUGCUCUCGGCCACGGUAAACGGCACGACCUACAGCGGUAUCCGUGCGAGAACGACGGGUGCUCCUCAGAACCACUGGUUCGGCCCGGCCGGUGACCCGUGCGCUGGCGGUAUCGGCACGCCGGAGGCGAUCAAGCUCGUGUGGUCUUGCCACCGCGAGAUUAUCAACGACAUCGGCCCCGUGCCCGCCAACUGGACGAUCCCCGAGGCGACCUAA